GCUCACAGCCCUCUGAUGGAGGUGGAGGUAGCAGCCAUGUUGUUGUAGCUCAGAGCAGAGCGGGUUCGAGGAGCAGCUCAGACCGGAUCACUUUAGACCCACUUCAAACAGACCCGAUUCGGUUCGGAGGGACCGUCCACUCAGCCCCCAGUAGUCCGGACUCAGGGACCCAGACGGAACCAUGAGCGGCGGCGGGACUCCGUACCUGGGCAGUAAGAUCAGCCUGAUCUCGAAGGCCGAGAUCCGGUACGAGGGGAUCCUGUACACCAUCGACACCGAGAACUCCACCGUGGCUCUGGCUAAAGGUACCGAGCGAACCGGGCCGGACCGGACCGGGACACUUUAUCUUUGUACGGCGGCUCUGCGGCUGCGCAGUCUGUCCCUCUAAAGUCCGGGUUUAAAGGUUCUCUAAAGCCGUGCGGGUUUCUGACCCGGUACUGAGAGCGGGUCUGACCCAGAACUUCUGCCAGGACUCAUCAGAACCUUCAGCAGGAGGUUCUGUACUCUUUACAACAGAGGGACUCAGGCACCGGGUCCAAAACCACUUAGGACGGGUUCCUGAGUUUCUGUCGGCCCAGAUUAAAAAGUUAAAGGUUCGGAUCAUGAGUCAGCAGAGGCGCGUCCACAGGGGGGCGGGAGGGGGACCCCGGCCCCGCUGAUUGGUCUAACCAUUACUGCCCCAAAAUACUCAACUCUGAUUGGCUCUUCACAGAGUGAGAGGCGGGGCUUAUGUCAGAAACAAUCACUGAAGCUGUUUUCUGAUUGGCUGAGCUCAGUUUGAUUGACAGGUGUUUGAAAACUUCAUAAACAGUCUGACAGAGUUUAGUUUAGGUCCAAAUACGACCUUAAAAACUUUAAACUAAAUUCUCUCAGCUGUUUUUAUAGUUUUAGACCUUCUUAAUGACAAACUCAAAGUUUAACAAAGUUUGACCACGAGAAAGGCGCCAUUUUCAAGAUGGCGUCCAUGAUGGUAGGAAGACCCCCAGGUAAACAGGGUAAAUUUUUAACAAACAGAUAUCACCAUGAAACUUCCAGAGUUUAUAACUUUAAGACAAAUAUUAAUGAUGUUACAAGUUUAGUUAAAUGAGGUCAAAAAUCUAAUUAAAUCUGAACUAAUUAACAGAAAACUGAACGAUGAAUAAAAGACCCUUUAAAGUUCAUGUUUUAUUUUGUUGACAGACCAGAGUGGUCCGAGAUCACGAUGAUCCUUUCAAAAUAAAGUUCCUUAUUUAAGACACAGUAUUGGAUCAGUUCUCAGAGUUCCCCUAAAGUUCUCCUGACUGAACUAAGUUAGGGUCCACACCUCGAACAAGUGUUGGUUCUGGUUCUGACCUGUACUGAGUGUUGGUGUUGGUUCUGGUUCUGUCUUGGUUCUGACCGUCAUCUGUCUCCUCCCUCAGUCCGCUCCUUCGGCACCGAGGACCGGCCCACUGACCGACCCAUCCCCCCCCGAGAUGACACCUUUGAGUACAUCAUCUUCAGAGGAAGUGACAUCAAGGACCUGACGGUGUGCGAGCCGCCAAAACCCACCUGCUCUCUGCCUCAGGACCCCGCCAUCGUCCAGGUAACCACCUGAUCCAGGUGAGACACGUCACCGCUGUUCAAAGAGACUGAAUCACACUGAUACUACUCCUCUUUCUCCUCUCUCCUCCUCCUCUCUCCUCCUCCUUCUUUCCCUCUCUCCUCUCUCCUCCUCCUUCUUUCCCUCUCUCCUCUCUCUCUCCUCCUCCUCUUUCUCCUUUCUCCUCCUCCUCUCUCCUCCUCCUUCUCUCCCUCUCUCCUUUCUCCUCUUCCCUCUCUCCUCCUCCUUCUCUCCCUCUCUCCUCCUCCUCCUCUCUCCUCCUCCUUCUCUCCCUCUCUCCUUUCUCCUCUUCUCUCUCUCCUCCUCCUCCUCUCUCCUCCUCCUCUCUCCCUCUCUCCUUUCUCCUCCUCUCUCCCUCUCUCCUUUCUCCUCCUCCUUCUCUCCCUCUCUCCUCUCCCUCUCUCCUCCUCCUCCUUCUCUCCCUCUCUCCUUUUUCCUCCUCCUUCUCUCCCUCUCUCCUCCUUCUCUCCCUCUCUCCUCCUCCUCCUCCUCCUCUCCCUCUCUCCUCCUCUCUCCUCCUCCUCUCUCCUCCUCCUUCUCUCCCUCUCUUCCUCCUCCUCCUCUCUCCUCCUCCUUCUCUCUCCUCCUCCUCUCUCCUCCUCCCUCUCUCCCUCUCUCCCUCUCUCCUCCUCCUCUCUCUCUCCUCCUUCUCUCACUCUCUCCUCUCUCCUCCUCCUUCUCUCCCUCUCUCUCUCUCCCUCUCUCUCCUCCUCCUCCUCCUCUCCCUCUCUCCUCCUCUCUUCCUCCUUCUCUCUCCCUCUCUCCCCCUCUCUCCUCCUCCUCCUCUCUCUCCUCCUCCUCCUCAGUCGUCCAUGAGCUCCACCUCCUCGUCUUCUGCCGGGUCGGUUCCGACUCCGUUCCAGUCUGCUGGAUCCUACGGUCUCUUUAACCGGGCUCCAGUUCCCGCCUAUAACCAGUUCAGCGCCAGUCCCCUGGUGUCCCCCCAGUUUGGACCGGUCGGUGUCGGUAAGUCCACCUGUCUGUGGUUCUGGUUCUGUGGGUCUGGUUCUGUGGGUCUGUUAGUUUCAUGAAUCCAAAGGUUCUGGGUCUCUCUGUGGCUCCUGGACCACGUCAGUCAUGCCAGAGAAACUGAGGGGGGGGGGUGAGUCAUGGCGCCGACGUGACCUCAGACCGUGGAGGCCGCCGCCUCUCCUUCUCCACAUGAGUCCGGUCAGGUUACCAUGGUUACGUGGUGUGUAGCUGUAGGUCUUUACCAUUGAGUCCAGCGGGUCAGGGUUUCAGAACCCCCCAGAACAGCAACAACACUCGGGUCCUCUUCGGUCGGUCCGGCCCCCUCAGAGCCUGAAGGUCCAGGUGGUGGUCCCAGGUGCUGGUUCUGGACCUUCAGUGUUGAUUCAGGUUCUAUGAGCUCACAUGAAAAUCAGAAAUCCAGAUCCAGAACCACGUGAGUGUCUCAGUCUCCUGCUCCUCAGACGACCAUAUUUGGACUGUUUCCUGUCUCCUGAGGUCACUGGUCUUCAGCGGUUUACUCGACAUAACCCCCCCCCCCAAAUCAACCCGACCGUGACCUCUGACCUCUGACCUCGCUCUCUCUCUCCUCAGGGCGCAGCAGCCCCAGCCUGGACCCUCUUAGGAAGAGCCCCACCCUGGACCAGGUGAUCCAGACCGCCCCCUCCGCCCCGACAGCCGCCACCACGGCUCCAGCUCCUGGCCUGGGACGCAGGAGCCCCGCCCACAGUCGCACAGCCCCCUCUGCGGCGGGCGGCGCCGGGCAGAAGCAUCAGGAGGGCGUGGACACGAGGAGGGGUGAGACUGUGAGGGGGGGCCGCAGCGGCCAGGGCUGGUCCGCACCCCGAACAGUCUCCGCCUCUCACAUCAGCGCCGUAGAGAGGGCGUCAGCUGCAGGGCCCGCCCACUCUGUCUUUAGCCACACAGGUGAGACCGCGGGCCGAACGCCGCACACUGGAGGGGGGGUAGAGGGAGGGGCCUGUCCACGCCUCCUUGGCCUCUGAUUGGCUGUGAAACGUCAUCAUCGGCUCUGAACCUCCUAACCCGACAGACGAUGAUGUUUCACGGCCAUCAGGAAUAACCAAUCAGAGCUCAGCACUUCUAGCCAAUCAGAGGCCAAGGAGGCGGGACCUUCCCCUACCAUCCUCUGGGGUUCAGAACUGAGGUCCAAACGGACCUGGGGGGUCGGUUCUGUGUGUGUGUUAGCGUGUUGUUCCAGAGGGCGUGGUAAAAGAGAACCUCAGUGAAGGUGGGCGGAGCCUAACAGACGCAGUUUUCUCAGGUCUCCUCCCCUCCUGUACAAACUAAAGACUCUGAUGUUCCAGGAGGAGACGCCCCCCCGAGAACCAGGAAACCAGAAUCUGAGCAGGAGAGAGGAGAAGGAGGCGGGGACCACAGUAAACCUCCCUCAGGUUAAACUCCUCCUCCUUCCCUCCUCCUCUCCUCCUCCUCCUCUGCAUGCCUGUUUCUCAGACAGAGGAGUCCACACUCUCAUCCUUCACUCCUCCCCUCUCCUUCUCCUCCUCCUCUCCUCCUCCUCCUCCCUCUCCUCCUCCUCCUCCCUCUCCUCCUCCUCCUCCUCCUCUCCUCCCCCCUCCUCUCCUCCCCUCUCCUCUCCUCCCCUCUCCUCCUCCUCCUCCCUCUCCUCCUCCUCCUCCUCUCCUCCUCUCCUCCUCCUCCUCCUCCUCCCCUCUCCUCCUCCUCCUCCCUCUCCUCCUCCUCCUCCUCUCCUCCUCCUCCUCCCCUCUCCUCCUCCUCUCCUCCCCUCUCCUCCUCCUCCUCCUCCUCCUCUCCUCCUCCCCUCUCCUCCUCUCCUCCUCCUCCUCUCCUCCUUCUCCUCCUCCUCCUCUCCUCUCCUCUCCUCUCCUCCCCUCUCCUCCUCCUCCUCCCCUCUCCUCCCCCUCCUCCUCCCCUCUCCUCCUCUCCUCCUCCUCCUCUCCUCCUCCUCCCCUCUCCUCCUCCUCCUCCUCCUCUCCUCCUCCCCUCUCCUCCUCUCCUCCUCCUCCUCCUCCUCCCCUCUCCUCCUCCUCCUCCUCUCCUCCUCCUCCUCUCCUCCUCCCCUCUCCUCCACCUCUCCUCCUCCUCCUUCUCCUCCUCCUCUCCUCCUCCUCCUCUCCUCCUCCUCCUCUCCUCCUCCUCUCCUCCCUUCUCCUCUCCUCCUCCUCUCCUCCUCCUCCUCCCCUCUCCUCCUCUCCUCCUCCUCCUCCCCUCUCCUCCUCCUCCUCCUCCCCUCUCCUUCUCCUCCCCUCUCCUCCUCCUCUCCUCAUUCUCUCCUCCUCCUCUCCUCCUCCUCCUCUCCUCCUUCUCUUUCUCCUCCUCCUCUCCUCCUCCUCCCCUCUACUCCUCCUCCUCCCCUCUCCUCCUCCUCACUCUCAUCCUUCGUUGGCGUGUUGUUUUCAGAUUGACAUGCUCUUCAUGUCAAUGGCGUGGCGGCGGCGGAGACGAUGGCUCCGCCCUGAGUGAUUGACCACAUGUCCUCCAUGUUUGAUUUCUGGCGCCCGGCUGCCGUGUGGCGUUCUUUUGCGGCUCUUCGUCUCUCAUCCUGAUCGAGUCGCCGUCGUCUUCUUCGUCUUCUUCUUCCAUCGUCGUCGUGUUUUGGUUUCGACCUCAUGUGUUGGUGUGACGUCUUUGUGCCGAGCGCCGCCGCCGCGGUUCUUCUCUCUGUCACAGCUGAUGUUUCCUCCUGUCCUUCAGUGGCUCCAGGAGCGCCGGUCAACCGCCGUGGACGAGGGGGCGGACACCGCGGCAGGGGGCGCUUCAACGUCCGCAGAGACGGGCCCAUGAAGUUCGAGAAGGACUUUGACUUUGAGAGCGCCAACGCCCAGUUCAACAAGGAGGAGAUCGACCGCGAGUUUCAGAGCAAGCUGAAGCUCAAAGGUGAGAGGUCAUCCCGCUCUCAGGUCCGAACGCCCGUGAGCGGGACAAAGUUCUGGUCGGCGCUCGAGACUGGAUACUUUAGUUCUGAUGAACAUGGUGGGAAACCGACUCUGGACCCGGUUAGUUUUUACUGAAACACAAAAAUUAUUAUGAGGUUAUUUAUUAUUUUAAGAAAAAGGUCAAAAUUAGAGUCAUUUUCACACGUGUGUCGCCUCACUUGAGUCCCGGGUUCUCGCUUUAACGAUCACGAUAUAAAAAACACGCUGGUGUUUAUUUACAGACGGUCUUCAAAGGAGCAAAAAUAUUUACAAAAGUGCAAAAAAAGGUCAAAUAUUAUUUAAAAAAUGUACAAGACAAAAAAAAACCAAAAGGUCAGAGAUCGACGAUAACUGAGGAGAAAAAAACAGAAACAGCAGCGACAGAAAAAAAAGUUACUGAUCCUAAACAAACUCCAGACUCAGAGAAAGACUCAGACGGCCAUCUUUGACCUCCGACCCCUCCCAGUGGGCGUUACCAAGUAAACAAGUUUAAAAGAAAAAAAACAUAUUUAUUUAAAUUUAAACCUUUUUUAACAAAGUUUUUUACCUUCAGACCUUUUUCUAAGUUUUACUCCAGUUUUAAUUUUUAUGGAUUCAUGACAAACAAGGGAAUUAAUUUUCUUGCAUCAUGUGACCACUCUGACCCUCCGUACACGCCUAUUUUACACCCGGAAAUCACACGCUGUUUCCUUAUUUGGAAACAUGAUCCAGUAUGAUGGCGGGAACGGACGCCCGGCGAGUAAGUGAAGGGAUGAAUAAGUGAACUGAGAGAGCUCCAGGUGUGUAACCAUGGUAACCCUGUGAUCCAACAGAGAAGGGAGAGUCGAGGUGAUUAUGAGAGGGUCAUUAGAGACGCUGGGGAGAGGGGGGAGACGCCGCCGCUCCGUCAGCGAGGACACCGCCGCUCCGUCAGCGAGGACGCCGCCGCUCCGUCACACCAGCUAAAGUUUAAAAUGGCGGUCAUAUUUCUAAAGUUAAAAUAAUAUUUUCCACAUUCAUUGACAAAAACGCCUGAAGGGGCGGAGUUAGGACGACCGUUUUAAGAGGGGGGAGGAGUUUGACCUUUUCAUUUCAGGGGGGACGCCACCCCCCCAUCGUCCCCCCUCAUCUUGAGUCUGUAUGUGAGGGUCACAGGGGUCCCCUUAGUGGUCCUGCUCCCUGCUCCUCCUUUCUGUCCCCUCACUGUGUCGUCGUCUCGCCGCUCAGACGAGAAGACGGAGAAAACGGAGAAGACGGAGAAAGCGGUGAACGGCGAGGACAAGGGCGACUCCGGCGUGGAAACUCAGAACAGCGAGGGAAACGCUGACGCUGAGGAGUGUGACCCCCUGGGACCCAACUGCUACUACGACAAGUCCAAGUCGUUCUUCGACAACAUCUCCUGUGACGACACCAGGUCAGCGUCUGAGAGGGUGGGCGGGGCUUAUCUCUGACCGUCAGUGUCUGAACAUAAACCUGAUUCUGGUUUCUCUGCAGGAAAGCCAAUGAGAAGUCUGGAGGCUCCGGGUUCCCCAGGUGAGACUCUGUCACAUGACCUUGUUAAAGUAAACACUGACACCGUCACUGUGGGUGUGGUCUCCAUGACGGAGGUUUUCUGACUCCACCUCCUGCAGGGAGCGGAGGCAGACCUGGGCCGAGGAGAGGAGGAUGAACGCGGAGACCUUCGGCAUCCCUCUCCGUCAGGGUAGAGGCCGUGGCGGUUACCGUGGUCGUGGCGGGAUGGGCUUCCGUGGGGGUCGGGGUCGCUCGGCCAGCCGAGGAUCGUUCGGGCCGCCACAAGGGGGCGGCGGCUUCAGAGGAGGGUACAGAGGAAAUCAGGCCGGCCGCGAGUUCGCCGACUUAUCAGCAUACAGGGUAACAGAGGCGUCAUCAGUGAGUAACCUUUGACCUCCGUUACUGUUAUUAUUGAUGUAAAUAUUAUUAUCAUUAUAUUUAUUAUUAUUAUUAUUUAAACUAUUUUAAUUAUUGUCAGAAUUAUGAUUUUAACUAUUUUUAUUGAUGUCAAUAUGAUUAUCAUUAUAUUUAUUAUUAUUAUUAUUAUUUAAACUAUUUCAAUUAUUGUUAGAAUUAUGAUUUCAACUAUUAUUAUUGUUGUUAUUAAUAUUAUCUCCACUAAAAAAAAUAUUGUUAUAAAAAUUAUUUCAACUCUUAUUAUUGUUAUAAACAUUAUUUUAACUUUAAUUAUAAUUAUUGUUAUCAGUAUUACUAUAACUAUUAUUAUAAGUGUUUUUAAAUAUUAUUAUUAUUAGAAAUAUUAUUUUUUACUAUUAUUAUUGUUAAAAUGACUAUUUUUCAUUCUUAUUAUUAUUGUUAUAAAUAUAAUUUUAAAUAGUAUCAUUAUUAUUAUUAUUGUUGUAAAUGUCAUGAUUUUUAUUGUUAUAAAUGUUAUUGUUAUUAUAUUUUCUAUUAUCAUUAUUUAAACUAUAAUAAUAUCGUUAGAAUUAUGAUUUUAACUAUUAUUAUUGUUGUUUUAAAUAGUAUGUUAUCUAUUAGUAUUAUUAUUAUAAACGCUAUUUUAACUUUAAUUUGAAUUAUUUUUAUGAAAUUUUUUUAAUUUGUAUUAUAAUAAUUGUUAUAAAUAUUUUAUCUAUUAUUAUUUUUGUUAUAAACAUUAUUUUGACUAUUAUUAUUAUUGUAAUUGUUAUGCAUAUUAUUAUAACUAUUAUUAUUAUUAUUGUUCUAAAUAUUAGUAUCACUAUUAUUGUUAUUAAUAUUAUUUUUUACUAUUUUAACAGUUCUGAUGAUUAUUAUUAUUCUAAUUAUGACAUCACUAUCCGGAUAUAUUAUUAUUAUUAUUAUCUGACUGUUUUUGUAUCACAGUUGUCUGACUGUUGUCUGACUGUUGUCUGACUGUUGUCUGACUGUUCUCCUCUGUUUGUGUGUUUUCCUCCUUUCCUCCAGAAGGACAACAAAGUGGCGGCGUAGUCUGAGAGUGAGGAGGAGUCUGCCCACGGCGGUGGAUCCUCUUCUUCUCCUCCUUCUUCUUCUUCUUCUUCUUCUUCAGGCUGGGAUGGAAACAGACCGUCGGUCGGGCUCUUCCUCUUCUUCUUCUUUUGUUUUGUUGACUCAGAUCGUGAAGAUCUUCUUCUUCUUCUUCUCGUUGUAAAUUUGUCACCAGCACUGGGGUCGACUGCUGGAACACAGCCAUGGAAACAGCAGCAGCAGUGAGACGGACGCCGUUUAUCAGAGAACAGUCCAAACACGCCUCCAGAUCAGCUGACGGCGGCUGACCAUAAAAAACUAAUGAUGAUGAUGAUAAUAAUGAUGUGUUAGAGUCGUACUUCAGAGCGAUGUCUGUGUUCUGGACCCUUCAUCUCUGCUGAGGGUGGAGGUUAGAGUCACUCACUGAGCUUUAGUACUUCAUCCUCAGUCCACCGAGUCUGAGCCACACCUUUGGAACCCGUGUUUUUUUUCUACUCCAUCAUAGACCCUCAUCCUGCUUCCUGUCAGCUCCUCCACUCUCCUCCUCCUCCUCCUCCUCAGAUCUCAGCUGUGAUGUAGGAGCAGCUGCUGGAUGUUGUAGUUUUUACUCCCUCUGGUGAAAAUAAACCAGUUCAAGUGAGAAAGAGAGAAAAGACAAAUGUAGAGGAUAAAGAGUCACAGCGAUGAGAGAGACGGUCCUGAUUCUCGGUUUAGAGUCGGAACUGAGAGACAUGGAGUCCAGGUCGGGGUUCGAGACGGUUCCUCAUGAUUAUCAGAGGAGGACGAGGUCGUCAGAGAUCUGGAUUUCAUGUUUGGAUUUCUCAUCAUUCAAACUUAUUUCACACUUGAAUUAUGAAUCUGACUUUGUUCCAUCGAUUCUGUCGGUUUAUUCUGAAUCUGAAUCUGUGAGGAAAAGUCAGAAACGAGUCGGAGAAUCAUCCUGAUGAGAGAAAACGUCUCCUUUAUAAAAUCGUUAAAAUAACCCCGAGACCAUCUGUGAAUGAAUUAUGAACUUGUUUCUCAAACUUUGUUUCAGUGCUCGAUGCAGUCCUGUCCCUCGUACCUCGAGCCCUCACCGCCUCAUUCACUCAUUCACUCAAACCAACCAGGGCUCAGAGUUCAGGCUGGAGAUUCAGAUCUAAUCCAGGUCUCCAUAAUCUGGAGUCUGAACUCACGGAGGUCAACAGUGUCGUUCCACAGUCAGGUUACGGCAGGGCGCCCUCUGCUGGAUUAAACAGUAAACGUCUGUAUUUAGAAGAAUUCGCAGGUUUCCCUCAAAGUUCGGACAAAAACUCGAGUUUCCGAGUCAGAGUGACGAUUUCUUUAUCCUCUAAAUUUGGAAGAAAAAAAAAAAAACACCGAAAGAAGUAAAAAGAGUUUUUUUUUUUCUCUGAGUCUGCAGCUGUUCGCACUUUUUACUCCACAGACACUAAAGUCACUCAUUCACUCACUUAUUCACUCAUUCACUCAUUCAUUCACUCACUCACUCAUUCAUUCACUCACUCACUCACUCACCUGUUCAGUGUGUGUUCAUCUGUUCAUCGACUCUCAAACAGCUUCUUCUUUACCGUUUUAAACACCGAUCUCAUUUAUUCACCUGUUAGUAACUCUAAUGCUGCUGCAGCUACAGGAAGUGAUGUCACUGAGAACUACAAAAUAAAAGCACGGAGAAAGGCGCCAGCUGAGCGCGUGUAGCACCGAGGUUUUCAGCAAUAUUCACUUUAUUUUGGAGGUGAUGGAGGAAGAGAUCAGCUGAUCUCCGAUUUAUCGUCAUUGACUCGUCUGUCAGAGGAAAUGAACGAGUGAAGAUGAGAGGAUGAUGUUUGAGUUCACCCAUGAUGGUUAAAGAGGUUUCAGAGGUUCGAAGUCCGGUUCUGCAGAUCCGGACUGGUUCUGUAGAUCCGGCUCAGUCUGGUUCUGUAGAUCCAGUCUGGUUCCGUAGAUCCGGCUCAGUCCGGUUCUUUGGAUCCAGUCCGGUUCUUUAGGUCCGGCUCAGUCUGGUUCUGUAGAUCCAGUCCGGUUCUGUAGAUCCGGCUCAGUCCGGUUCUGUAGAUCCAGUCCGGUUCUGUAGAUCCGGCUCAGUCCGGUUCUUUGGAUCCAGUCCGGUUCUGUAGAUCAAGUCCGGUUCUGUAGAUCCGGCUCAGUCCAGUUCUUUGGAUCCAGUCUGGUUCUGUAGAUCCGGCUCAGUCUGGUUCUGUAGAUCCAGUCCGGUUCUUUAGAUCUGGCUCAGUCCGGUUCUGUAGAUCCAGUCCGGUUCUUUGGUUGGACUCGCAGCACUUUAGUUUCCUGGUAAAAGGUUGAAGGUUUGUGGAUCAGGUCUGGUUCUGGACAGGGUUGUUAGAUCUCCAGAGUGAACCGGUCUGUGGUUCUGAUGUUUCUCCUGAGCUCAGUUCUGGUCCACACUCAGGGGGGCGGAGCCUCUUGUGUCUGUUCUCUCUCACUGCUGUUAUUAAAGUGCACAGAUUUCAGAAUUAAACCCGGUUCUGUUUCCUCUCUCUGAAGGACUUUGAUGUUUCUUUACAUCCUGAACAUAAAGGUUUGAACCUGGGACCGUUUUUGGACACGGUGAGAAGAACCGGACCUCAUUAUUUAGGAGAUCCUGGUUUGACGACCCAUCAGUCGGUUCUCGACUAAGUCCAGUUGUCCUUUUCAUGAGCAGAUUUCCUCUCCAGAGUCAUGUGACUAACCUGUUGGACAACGUUGGUUUGAAAUCAUCUGAAAACCAUAAAAAUCUGUUUUAUUUCCGAUCAUUUUAACCCUUCAGUGUCUUUUAAACUUCGUCCCUCAGAGUUCAGAGUUCUCUCAGCUGAGUGAAACACGUGAAAAUCAAGUUUAAAAAAUGGUUAAAGGAGUUAAAAUGACAAAAACUGAAGAAGAAUAAAAGUGAUGAAUAAACUUAAAGAAAAAACUUAAGUCAGUUAAAGUUACAAGAAUCAAUAACCACAGGUUUAUUUUCUCACUGGACGUGUGAAACUCAGAGGUUUUUUUUUAGGGCUCUUUAAAAAAAACAAAAACUCUUCUGUGAGGAAAGAGGAAAGGAUGGUGAGGAAAGGAUGGUUGUCUCUCCUGCUUCCUCAUUUUACAAGCGUGUGUUGAGUCAGAGCCUUUCAACACCAUGACAGCUCCUGUCACGCUAAAACGGCUGUUUUUGUCUAUGGGGUUUGGUGCUUCUACAGACGGUCUGUUUGUCAGAGAUCUUUCUUCCUUCAUACUUGUUCUGGUUUCUCUGAAGCAGGCGGACCGCUGGACUCCACAGGCUCCUCUGAGGAGAACCGCUGGGAGUUGUGGAGAGUUUGUGGACCCUCUGUUGGGAGUUUUUCAUGAGCCCUGAUAUUAAAAGUGAGGCCUUCAGCUCCUGGUUAUGAUGAUAAUACUGUAGUGUAGUUCUGUGUUAGGGUCCACACUCUCAGACAUGAGCAGCGGUUCUGUCGUCACUUCCUCUUUACGUAAAGAGUCUGACAUCGUUGGCACUAAUAAUGAU